AAUGCUAAUCAUGAAAUAAUUGGUUCCGAGUGGACCAAAGCAUGUUUGAGAACUGCAACACUGUGGAACAGCCGAAGCUGAACUUUCGUCCAGCAGCCUCCACAGACACCUCUGCCCUGGCAGGAUCGAAGACGGGAGGCAGCCAGCACCUAAAAAACGCCCUGAACUUGGGCAAAGCCAUGGGAGCGAAGGUAAAUGACCUGCUCCGCCGAAAAGAUCCCAACAGCCUCGGAGACAUCGGAGUCACAGAGGUGAAUAAGAACGUGGAGCCAGUGUGGUCCAGCCUGACUGAGAUUGGCCAUAAUACAGUAAGAAACAGUCACAUCUCCCUGGAUUCUUUCCCUCGGCUAGAUCCCCCACCUCCCACUGGCAAAAAGCGUCUCCCACGGGCCCUGAAGACCACCCAGGACAUGAUGAUAUCCUCUGACCCCGUGGUAUCCUCCCCAGAAUCCUCCUUCGUCUCCUCACCUGACAAGAUCUCCAAAGAUAAAGCUGAGCUUCAGCCUGAAGAGUCCGGCACUGAGAAACCUUCAGAACCCGGCGACCAAGUCGACAGCCAGAUGGAGAAGACCAGUUUAGAACUAAACAACAAGCCCACAGCUGUGGUGACGGAUGAGAAAAAUUCAGAGGAUGUCGAUCAGUCACAGCUGCUGCUCUCUGUUCCAGAUCUCAUUCACAAAGACAAUCUGGACCCAAAGAAACUGGCCAGCUCAGAAACUAGAAUGGCUUCCACCCCGUGUCCAGGGAAAGGGGGCUGCCGCAUCAGCGUCACUGAGGGGGAAUUGUUGGGGAACGGCACAGUGGAUUACCGGACCCUCAACUUGGAGAACGAAGAAUCCCACCCUGACCUGCUGUCAUUUGAAUAACAGGCUUGAGACCCUCAAGCACAUUCAUUCUCCAGGCUUCCGCAAUGACAACAGAGAGGCUUGAAUCAGUCAUUUAAACUGCUUUCAUUCUGCAUUUCAUAUUUUGCCUUUAUAGCAAAGUACAACUGAUUGUACUUAGUUAUUUUGUAGAGAUGAUAAAAAAAAAUUACUAUUGUUUUUUUAAUCGUAGUACCAUAAUCAAUAUGAAAGACUGUAUUUUAAAGUAUUUGUGGACCUGUAUU